AUGAAAAUAAUAUUAAAAUUAUUAUUAAUAAUAUCUAUAAUUAUAUCAAUAACGAAUGGAAAUGAUUUUAAUAUAAAUAGUAAUAGCAACAGUAAUAGUAAUAAUAAUAAUAAUAAUAAUAAUAAUAAUAAUAAUAAUAAUAAUAAUAAUAAUAAUAAAAAUAAAAAAUCAUACCAUAAUGGAAUAGCAGAUUCAUAUAGUAAUAGUAGAGAAGAUACAAAUUUAGAUAUGGAUAAAAAUAAUUUAGCAAAUGGUGGUGUUGGUGGAUUUAAUAGUUUUAGUAGUAACAAAGCACCACCAUCAUUAUUUGAACAAAUGGGUAACAGAUUAUUUUAUCAUAAUGACCAUUUCAGUGAUAUUAGUAACUCAAUUCAACAAUUUGGUGAAUUCAUUGAAUCUUUAAAGAAUGGUAAUUUUAAAAAUCAAUUAAAAUCAAAAAGAGAAUUAAAUAAAAAGAAAAAGUUAAAUAAUGAUAAUGGUGAUAGUAGUGAUAACGAAAUACAUGAUGAAAAUUAUUAUUAUGAGCAUUAUACACCAUCACCGUUAUUGUCGCCUUCAAAUUCAAUAAUUGCACAACAACAAUUAAAACAGUUAGAAAAGAAACAAGCUAGAUAUGGUAAUAAGGCAAACCACCAAUUCAAAACAUUUAAUAGUAAUAGCAAUAACAAUAACAAUAAUAAAAUCAAUAGAAAUUUCUUAUCGGCUGAUGAAAAUAAAUUAAAUCAAUUAAUUGGUAAAGAGUUGGGUAAACAUCCAAUCACUGAGGAUUUAGAAGAAUGGUUUGAAAAUAAUAAAGAGCAAUUACAACAAAAAUCAAAUAAUCUUUUAAAAAGUUCAAUUAAUAAUAAUAAUGAUGAUGAUAAUAAUAUUAAUAGUAUCGAUAGUAAACUUUAUGGUUCAAACAUUGCUUCAAUUUGUAAUUCUGGUGUUUUAGUAACUACUCCAACUUUGACAAAUACUUGUCAAGGUCAAGUUUGUUAUAUUAAUGAAAUGAAAUGUAAUGGUCAAAAUAUAACAAUUACAACUUCAACUCCUUAUAAUGCAACUUUUAAUUAUGAUACUUGUCAAAUUAAUUCUAUUUAUUGUCCAAAUUCAUUUAGUUUUAUUAAAAUUUAUGAUUUUAAAUCAUUAUAUGGAUUAAAUCAGUGUAAUACAAUUAAAUUUCAAUGUGAUAAAGAAUAUUUGAGUGAUUGUAAAAUUGAUGAUUUAGUAUGUGAUGGUAAUACACAAUUUGGAGAUAAGAUUGAUAUGUUUGGAUUUCAAUGUACAAAUGAAAGAUUAGUUUGUGAUGGUGUGGUAGUACCAACAAAUAAAUAUAAACAAUAUAAUCAAUCAAUUGCAAAUGGUGAUUGUAUUGUUCAAAAUUAUCCAUGUUCAUCAUCAGUUGAACCAAUUAUAGAUAUCAGUUUAAUUUGUAAUAAUAAGAAUAGUAAUUGUUCAAUCUCUUACAAAGUGACUGGAUCAGCAUCUUUAAAUUGUUCAAGAGAUUUACCAAGUUAUUCUUGUGAAUGUCCAAUGGAUUAUAUGGGAAAGCUAUGUAAUAAACAAACACCAAUCAUUUGUGAAUUAAAUUUAGUAUCACCAAAACCAAAUUGUUCAGGUGAUAAUUUCAUUCUCUCUCAAUCUCAUUGUUUCACAUUCACUAAAAACUCUUCACCAUCUUUUAAAUUCAAUUUAGAUUGUUUCUUUGCUGUAAAUAAUCCAACUCCAAAUUUUAAUUUUAAAUAUUGGUUAAAUAAUCCAAAUUUAAAAAUUAGUAAUCCAGUUACAUGGAGUUUAUCAAGUGAAUAUAUUAAUUUUUAUAGAUUAUUUAAUACAUCAAUGAAAAAUGAAUAUGUAUUAUCAAAAGAACAAAUUGCUGGUACUCAACCAGUUUGGUUUAAUUCAACUCAAAUUUCAAUGAUUACCGAUCAAUAUUUUAUUGCAAAAAGAUUAUAUACUGAAAUAUCUUUAAUAACUCCAUCUUCAAAUAAUCCAAAUAGUGGUGGUGGUUCUAGUAGUAGUAGUAGUAGUAGUAACAGUGCUAGUAGUAGUAGUAGUUAUGGUGGCGGUAGUAUCGAUACAGGUUCAAUGAAUAAUAAUUUAUUAUCAUCAGUUAUUUCUACAAAUACUGCAACAUUAUCAAAAUUCUUUAUUUAUGUUUCAGAUUAUCCAAUAACUUCUCAUCCAUCACCAUCAAUGUCAAAACUUAAAUUAGCAUUGAUAAUUGUUGGUUCCUUCUUAGCUUUUGUUUUAUUAAUUGCUGCUUUUAUUUUUUACAAAAAUAAAUUAAAGGUUAAUUAA